AUGGAGUCUGACGCUUUUUCCAUGAAGAAACAGAGCAAUGUCCUCCGAUUGAAGUGCUCCGUUCAGACUUACGAUUGGGGAAUCAGAGGACAAGAUUCUCGUGUCGCUAGGUUCUUCGCUUUGAACUCUGGAUCGAUUAUCGAUUCCGAUAAACCCUACGCUGAAUUCUGGAUGGGAACUCACGAUUCUGGGCCGUCGUUUUUAAUUCCCGCCGCCGGUGAGAAUGGCGGCGGGAUUGACUCCGAUUCAACUUCUUUGAAGUCAUGGGUUUUGGAAAACCCCAAUGUUCUCGGCGAUAAGGUCGUACAGAAAUGGGGUUCUGAUAUCCCCUUUCUGUUCAAGGUUCUUUCUGUGGCGAAACCGUUGUCGAUUCAAGCUCAUCCCGAUAAGGAAUUGGCUAAAGAACUUCAUAUGUUGCAACCUAAAGUUUAUAGAGAUGCAAAUCACAAGCCGGAAAUGGCGCUGGCCAUUACGGAAUUUGAAGCUCUGUGUGGGUUCAUCAGUCUCGAGGAGCUAAAAGAUGUUCUUCAUACUGUUCCUGAAAUUGUAGAAAUGAUUGGCAAUGCAGCCACAAACAGAGUGUUGUUGUUAGAUGAUGAAGACGAUGAAGAGGAUCUGAAGUCUGCUCUGAGGUCGGCUUUUACCCAGUUGAUGUCGGCUUCCAAAUUAGUGAUAUCGAAAGCGACAUCCGAAUUGAAGAGGCGACUGCACUCUCAAAGUGAGGUGAGACAACUAACUGCUAAGGAAGUUUUGGUUUUAAGUCUGGAGAAGCAAUAUCCAGACGACGUGGGCGUUAUAGCAGCCUUUUUCUUAAAUUACGUGAAGCUUAGUCCGGGAGAAGCUUUGUACCUUGGGGCAAAUGAGCCUCAUGCAUACAUAAGGGGUGAGUGUAUUGAGUGCAUGGCAACGUCCGAUAACGUUGUCCGGGCUGGUCUAACUCCCAAGUUUCGCGAUGUCCAGACUCUCUGUGCCAUGCUUACCUACAAACAGGGUUUUCCUGAAAUCCUUCAAGGAGUUCCCAUGAAUCCAUACAUAACAAAGUACAUUCCACCAUUUGACGAAUUUGAGAUAGAUCGUUGUGUUCUUCCUAAGGGGGAAUCGGUUUUAUUUCCAGCGAGCCCUGGUCCUUCGAUAUUUCUGGUUGCUGGAGGAGAGGGGAUGAUGCUGUUGAAUGAAGAAUCACAUAGAAGCGAUGUUGUCAGUGAAGGAGAUGUGCUUUUUGUACCUGCUCAAACUGAGAUUAAUAUAACAAGUGAAGUUGAGUUGCUCAUUUUUAGAACAGGAGUAAACAACAAGUUCUUUGACACAUUCAUGAAUGGUAAAUUGAUCCCAAGGUCAAACAUGUCAUUUGGAUGAAAACCGAACAAAAAAGAACAAAAAAUGGGAGUUGGAUGCACCAUGUUGAAAGAAGACAUCAAAAUUAUCAAACGGCCAUUGAGGGCAACAUUGCAACCUCCCUUGACCCUCGCGUGAUGUUGAGAGGCAGUAAACACCACUUUUGGGACAAGUAGCCAAUGUCGCAACAUUAAUGGAACGCUCCAGCAUAAUGUUAUAGGACAGAAAGCAUGCGAAUAGGACAGAGUCGCAACGCUGACUAGGGCAUCGCAAUGCUACGAACUUCAACAGGCAUUUUGAAUUCGCACGUGCAAUGCAGCUUCGCAUCAACGUUGCGCCCCUCCUUCAACACUUGAGGCAUACUUCGACAAGAGCGUUGCAACACUCUUGGUAGUGUUGCGACGCUGCGAUCGUAUUACAAGUAGAAAUCCUUGGUUCCAGCUGGAGAGGGGGGGCGAGGGA